AUGGCGGAGACCUCCGUGCACGGCGCCAUCCACCGCGAGUGCUCCGCUCCUCCUCUGAGCCGUAGGGACCUUAUCAGCGGCUUGCCCGACGCCAUGAUCCACAACAUCUUCUCUUUUCUGCCCAUCCACGACGUCGUCAAGACCUGCGUCCUCUCCAAGCGCUGGCGGCCCACUUGGACCACCGCCACCGACCUUGUCUUCGUUGGAUACGAUGUAUACUUUGAACCCCCGCCUGACAGUCCCUUGUUCUUCCCGUCCAUUGUCGACAGCGUCCUGAGUCAGUUCUCCUCCCCCACGGUGAAGAAAUUCCACCUCACCCGCUUCAUGUACGACGAGGCCGACCGCCCCAAGAUCGACCUAUGGCUCCGGUUCGCGGUGCGGCGCUCCGUGGAGGAUCUCCGCUUGCGGCUGUCUCAAUGGUCGCGGUUUUUUUAUGUACUGCCGGAGUUCUUGUAUUGCUUCAGCCGGUUGGUGCGCCUGGACGUCGGUAAGUGCUGUUUCUCGUUGGAUAUGACUAUUAGGUGGCCUUGUCUUAAGGUCUUGUCGAUCGAAGAUGCCCAGUUGAGUGAUGAUUUCCUCGGGCGAAUCUUCAGGGGAUGUCCUGUUUUGGAGUCCCUUGUGUUGUCCAGAUGCGAGGGCGUGAACAACAUUAUAAUUGAUUCAUUAUGUUUGAAAAAGUUGGUGCUCGUUAGCCUCGGCUUUGGUUCUUACGUGAAGAAACUUUGCGCCCCGCAUUUGCUUUCCUUGCGCGUAAUAGGAGGGAAUCAUGCUGGGUUCAGGCUUGACAACGUGUCUUCUUUGGUGGAAGCCGAUUUAGAUUUUUCCGUUGAAAGUCGGGAUCCUAAUUCCAAGGGCCGCGACUUGUUGAGGCAUCUUCUUGAGAAGGUGCGCGGAGUUCCUACCAUCACCACCGGCGGUUGGUGUUUGCAGGUUCUGUCCCUCUUGGAGAUGGAUGGAGUGCCGUCUCCAUUGUCAAAAUGUCAGAAUCUGAUACUACAUGCACCAGUUAAUCAAUGGGACCUUCCCGGGAUAGCAUACAUGCUACGAAGUUCACAGUGCCUGGAAAAAUUAGUCAUAUACCUGACUUGCUUUCCGAUGGUAUGUUCCUUUGCUAUGUUUCAGCUUCAUCGAGAAUCUGAAGAACGUUUCAACUUCGACGAAGAAGAUUUUUUGUGCUCACGGAAGGGGAACUUUGAAUGUUUGGUGAAACAUCUCAAAAGAGUUGAGAUCGUCGGCUGUGAAGCUUAUGUUGGUGAGUCGAAACAUCUGCUCGCCCUAAUUAAGUUCCUUCUUGGGGAUGCACUUGUGCUGGAGAAGUUGAUUAUCAAGGCUAAAUUGCCGCCCACACCAGAUGGACAAAAACAACUUCAAGUGAUCCAAAAUGUGCUCAGCUAUCAAAGAGCUUCCAAAAAUGCUGAAAUUGUCUUUGAUUAUCAUUUCAAAUAGGCGUCCUAAAAAAGGUACAUGAAAACCCGGGUAUCGAGUUGAUCUCAUGGCAAGGCAUG